UUCCUGGUCGCCAUUUUGGAUUUUAUGUUGAGCAGCAGCACUUCAAAUACAUAACGGAGCUAACAGGCUAGCUUCGGGGCUGCAGCGAGAAAAAGACAUAGCGAGGGAUAAUUUUGGACCUGAAUGUCCACAUGUAGUGUGCUACAUUUAUAAAACGUGCAUUGUCGUAUAUCGUAGAUUUUUCUAAGCAGCUUGUUGAUGCACGGCAGAUGUGACCGCUAACUAAUUAGCCAUCGUUUAGCCAGCUAGCGGAGCUAAUAGCAUUAGCAUCCCGGCGUCAGAAAACAGCGAGACCAUCGCCAGUCAUUUCGUGCUUCUUUGUUAUCAAUUUAUGUCGGUGAGAUAAAUCGUGUUAAACAGUCCCGGACCCACAUCCUGCGGAGCCAUGUACCAGCUCCCCGUGAAUAAUCUUACAAGAAUCAGGAAAGCCAGAAAACGGGUGAAGAAAAACCUUGAAGACAUAGGACUGCAGCUCUGCAAGGAGGUAGCAGAGGAGUUUAAAGAAUUUUGCCCAGAUGAACAAACUGUGAAGGACACUCUUGGCUAUGACAUCUGCACGUGGGAUCCGUCUAACUCUAAAACACAGGUGUACCGAUCGAAGCAGUUCUGCUGUACAGAGUGCCGGUUUUCUUCCAAAUACUACUCCGGCUACAAAAAUCACUUCCGCAAUGUGCACCGGAAAAUACUGGACAGUCAACUUCUGCUCAACUGUCCGUACUGUUCUUUCAGCGCAAACAGGAGGACCCUGGAGACGCAUGUCAAAAUAUUCCACUUACCCCAUUCAUUCCAGCUGAAUUAUGGGAACCCGCGGGCUCCUGUUUUGGGGAACAGCGCCGUACAGGGAAACAGACUAGAGAAACCAAUGUACUUCUGCAAGAAAUGCAAAUUUCGAGAUGCACUCUACAACGUUGUCAGAAGACACAUUUAUAGAGAACAUUUUCAGCAUAUUGUUUCCCCGUAUCUCGGCAAGGUUUCUUCUUCUGUUAAAAACGGCGCCUGUUCCGUCAACGGCAACAGCAUCUUCUGCAAACAGUGUCCGUUCUCCACUCGGAGCUACGAGGGUUUAGUGCAGCAUGUUGUAGAGUACCACGAACGCAUUGGUUCCCAAGUUACAACCAUGAUAGGACAUGCUAAUGUUAUGAUGUCAAAGCCUCAACCAACCAUGAAUGAAAAAGCCGCUGUCAUCAUUAGCAGGGGUAAGGCUGCAAGGCCCGAGCCGUCAACGCAGCCGGUGAUCGGCUACUUGAAGCCGACUGCUAAGAGCCCGCGCAGUGUCCCAGCCAGCCGUAAGCGCGUCACGGUUAAUGCCAACGGUGCUGUCGCAGAAAAUAAUCAAACUGGUGUAAACACAGCCCAGACGCAGAAGUGGAAGAUAUGCACGGUUUGCAAUGAACUCUUUCCUGAAAACCUGUACAGUGCUCAUUUUGAGUGUGCUCACAAGGCAAAAAAGGUUUGGGCCCUGGCCAAAUACAUUAUGAAAAUCCACAACUUCACCAGCAAGUGUUUGCUUUGCAACCGCUAUCUGCCCAGCAACACGUUACUGAACCACAUGCUGAUUCAUGGCUUAACCUGUCCUCAGUGCCACUCUGCUUUUCACAAUGUGGAAAAAAUCAUGGAGCACACAGCCAAGACCCACCCCAAUGAGUUUUUUGGGCCCACUGGUGCGUCCCCUCUAACCUUUGAUCUUACUGUUAAACAAAGCAAACCCACUAACAUUCAGCUCGCUGUCCUCACUUUUAACAUGAAGGAGUCGCCCAACGGUCAGGAUCAACCUGCACCCGGGCUGCAAUGUGUUAAUCUGCCUGGAAAAGGGCCACCGGUCAGAAUUGUGGAAAUGCAAAGUGAACCAAGGAGCUUAGCGUCGCUAAUGCAGAAUAGUGAUGUUGGAAAGACUGUUUGCCCGCUGUGUUUCUCCAUCCUCAAAGGUCCCCUCUCAGACGCCUUGGCCAUGCACCUGAGACAGCGGCACCAAGUGAUUCAGACCAUGCAUCCUGUCGAAAAUAAGAUGACAUACAAGUGUAUUCAUUGUUUAGGGGUGUACACGAGCAAUAUGGUGGCUUCCACAAUCACGUUGCACCUGGUGCAGUGCAGAGCCGUUGGCAGGAAUCAGUCAAGUCAAGGCUUCAAGUCUGCCUUGACUCUCAACUCGGCAGGUGCCGGGAUUCUCAAGAGGCAGUUGCCGACGCAGUCUCCGGCAAAUCCCAAGAAAAUGAAAAUGAGCAAAGGAACGGGUCCGUUCCGUGGAAGCCCCGCUCCGUUCGACAGCCUGGUUCUGGAUCCUUCAGGCUGCGAGCACAAGACGCACGAGGCCAGGAAAGAGUUCCUGACCUCCUACUUCAACAGGCGGCCGUACCCAACGUCCCAAGAAGUGGAGAAGCUGGCUGCAAGUCUGUGGCUGUGGAAGUCUGAAGUUGCUAGUCACUUUGCGUUGAAGCGAAAGCUGUGUUUACAGAGUUGUGAAAGCAAGAAGGUUUCGGUCCAAGUCGGCCUCGACAUGAACGCUGUAAGCAAACUAAAACAUUACCUGAUUUUUGAUAAGGGGAGGUUGGUUGGCACCUCCUCCAUUAGGUCUACAGGGUUCAAGUCACAUGCUCCAUGCAUAAAACCAAAACGGCAUCCUCACACCUCAAACCGCACAGUGGAACAGAGUGGUUUGCGCAUAGAGAUCAUUUCAAUAGACUCAGACAAUGAAGAAGAGACAGAGAAUCCUGUUGAGAUGGAGGAAGAGGACACGAACCAAGACAAGAACGAAAAGGUUAAAACAAACUGUGGAGAUAACCUGGAAUCAGAGUGCCUGGAGAACCCGGCAGGAGAGAAAGAUGACUUGAAAAUUGUUGAACCUUUGAGUGAAGAGGAUGGGAACAAAGUUGACCUGAUCCAAGAAGAAACCGUCUCGUCAGAAAAUGAGAACGUUGACCCAAACCAAGAACAGAAGGUCAUGUUGGAGAAAGAAGAGCUCGACGUAAAUCUAAACGAAAAAGUCUCGGAGAAUAAAAAGGUCGACCCAAACCAAGAAGAGAAGGUCUUGUCGGAGAAUGAAAGCGUUGACACAGUUCAAGAGGUGAAAAUUUGGUAUGAGAAUGACGACAAACCAAAUCAAGAGGAGAAAGUCUUGUCGGAGAAUGAAGACGAUGUCCAAGAAAAGAAGGUCUUGUUGGAGAAUGAAAUCAUCGACCCAAAUCAAGAGGAGAACGUCUCGUCAGAGAAUGAAAACGACACAAUUCAAGAGGUGAAAAUUUGGUAUGAGAAUGAAAACGUCAGCCCAGAUCAAGAAAAAGUCUCGUCAGAGAAUGAAAACGUCGACACAAUUCAAGAGGUGAAAAUCUUGUCUGAGAAUGAAAACAGUAACCCAAAUCAAGAGGAGAAGGUCUCGUCAGAGAAUGGAAACGAUGUCCAAGAAGAGACGGUCUUGUCCGAGAAUGAAGCCGUCGACACAAUUCAAGAGGAGAAAGUUUUGUCGGAGAAUGAAAACGACACAGUUCAACAGGUGAAAAUUUGGUAUGAGAAUGAAAACAGUAACCCAAAUCAAGAGGAAAAAGUCUCGUCAGAGAAUGGAAACGAUGUCCAAGAAGAGAAGGUCUUAUCCGAGAAUGAAACAGCCGACACAAUUCAAGAGGUGAAAAUCUUGUCAGAGUAUGAAAACGAUGUCCAAGAAGAGAAGGUGGAAUCCAGGUCUCCACAGAUCCUGACGGAGGAGAAAAACCACGAGGACGUAGAUGAACCUUCCAUGGAAACCAGCUCAGUUGAAGAUGGGAAAGAAAAUACUGACAUGACCUCGUGUUAAUUUCCUUUAGUUCUGGUUGAAAAACAGUGGAGUUUUACAAUUAAACCAAUCAGUACCGCUCCAAAAAUGGUUACAACUUGAAGGGCUGUUUUUAGCGUUUGGCAUGGGUCAAAAAUUCACCCGUUCUCAACGUGUUACUCUUAACUAGUGCUGCAGAAUAGAAAUCUUAACCUGCAUUGUAUAAUUGCUGAUGCAUAUAUAUACAUAUAUAUAUAUACACACACACAGAGACUUCUUUUGCCUACAUUGUGGUUCUGUUUCAAAUAUCUGUUAUUUUCCCUAGCUGCCAUGAUAUAAAAUGUUUUUUUCCCCCAGUUUGCCUAGUUUUAUUUCACUUUUGCCUUAGUUGUACCAAUGUAUUCCCUUUAUGUUAUUUCAGAUUUAGACAAUUUAAGAUUCACUUAAAGUUUAUGUACCGGUUUGAAUAAAAAUGUUCAUUAAAAAGGUUUGUUGGGAUUUUA